GAGUUAAGGAGUGGACGGAUUCAGAGCACAUGAAUCAUGGACGGAUUUCAGUGAAGAAAACGGAGAAGAAAGCCAAAAAAAAUCAUGGAAAAUGAACCUUACCCAAAAGCCUUAUCGCCCACAAUUUGACAGGCAGAGAGAGGGCCACACAAUCCCCCGUUAACUAGAGGGGGAGAGAGACAGAGAGAGAGGGGGGCUUUUCCAAGUUUUGUCACCAGCAUCCAGCCCAUCCCCCACCAAAGCCUCCGUAGCCACACGGUUUCUAACUUCGUUUUCACUUAUUGUUCUCUCAACAAUCCAGUUCGCUGGUUCCUAGAGGUAAGAUAAUCUGUGUGGGCAAUCUGGGUUUCCAGUUUAUCACGUGUUUACGGGAAAUUCUGCAUUGGGACUUGGAUUUUCUUGCGAACUCGGAAAUUUUGUAGCCGUUUUCUGUUAUAAAGUUAUCUCUGGGUUCAAUUUUUGAGUUUUUGUAUGUUCCGAGUUCUCUGUUGGAGCUCUGUUUAAGAUUGAGGUUUUUAUAGGUAGAGAUAGAUAGAUCAACAGAGAGAGAGAGGGAGAGUUGGGGCUGAUUGGAUAUAUUGCAAAUAGUACAUGUAGAUUGUUACAUUAAGGUUUAGGUCUUGAAACAGUAUUUGAUGGUGGAGGAGAUAUAGCUCUAGCAAUGGCUUCUAUGGCUUCCCUGGUGAGUUUGGGAAGUGCUAGUUCCAGUUCGUCAGCACAAUUUGAAGGAUCUCUUUCACUAGUUCAGAGGGUUUCCUUUUGUAGGAAUGUUCGAAGUUUUCGCAAAAUUUGGUUAGGGAAGAGAUGGAGGUACAUGGGGGUCUGUAGAUAUUCAGUAACAACUGAAUACAUAACUGAGCAGGGAACUUCAGUUUCCCUUGAUUCAACGUAUACAGGAAGUAAGGACAAUGAGGCCGACCUUGUUCUUAAGGCGGCCCCAAAGCCGGUAUUGAAGCCUGAGCCAAAGGCUGAAUCCCCUUCAAACAUUAGCUCGGGAAACUCAGUGCCUUGGGACCAUUCAGAACUUAGUGGGGAUUCUGAUGAUGAGAAGUUAAAGGAUGAUGAAGAACAAAGAAAUAAGGUGAUUGAGUCAUUAGGAGAGGUAUUGGAGAAGGCUGAGAAAUUAGAGACUAGUAAAAGACCAAGUGCAUCAGUUAACAAAACACCAACAAAAAUGAUGACUGAUCACAGUAAUGGCAGACCAGAUAACUUGCCAGAUGGCCGAAAGUCGAGGACUGUGAAGAGUGUGUGGCGGAAGGGGAACCCUGUUGGUAGUGUACAAAAGAUUGUUAAGGAGCCUCCUAAAAUUGAAAAGGCUUGGAAACAGGAAGCAAGGUCAGAUGGAGUUGGUAAGGUUGAAUCUCAGCCUGUUUCUCCUCUAAGACCUCCUCAACCACCUGUAAAGAUCCAACCUAAAUUACAAGCAAAACCCUCUGCGGCUCUCCCACCUACAAUCAAGAAACCUACUAUCUUGAGAGAUGUUGGUGCAACUUCAAAGGCCCCAACUACUGUUGGAGCUGACUCAGCUGCAAAAACCACACAACGCAAACCAAUAUUGAUUGACAAAUUUGCAUCAAAGAAGCCGGUGGUUGAUCCUUUGAUUGCUGAUGCAGUAUUAGCGCCUCCAAAACCUGGGAAAGGUCCACCUGGAAAGUUUAGAGAUGAGUUCAGAAAGAAAAGUGGUCCAUCUGGGGGACCUCGAAGACGUAUGGUUAAUGAUGUUGAGAUUCCUGAUGACGAAACCUCAGAACUUGAUGUUUCAAUUCCUGGUGCUGCCACAGCAAGGAAGGGAAGGAAAUGGAGCAAGGCAAGUAGGAAGGCAGCCAGACUCCAGGCAGCUAAAGAGGCUGCUCCUGUUAAAGUAGAGAUAUUGGAGGUUGCAGAUGAAGGAAUGUCAACUGAGGAGUUAGCAUACAACUUGGCCAUCAGUGAAGGUGAAAUUUUUGGAUAUCUUUACUCAAAGGGGAUUAAACCUGAUGGGGUGCAAACUCUUGACAAAGACAUGGUGAAGAUGAUCUGUAAAGGAUAUGAUGUUGAAGUCAUUGAUGCUGCUUCUACUAGAGUGGAAGAAAUGGCAAGAAAAAGAGAAUUUCUUGAUGAAGAUGAUCUGGACAAUCUAGAAGACAGGCCUCCUGUCCUUACCAUAAUGGGUCAUGUGGACCAUGGAAAGACAACCCUACUGGAUUAUAUACGUAAGAGCAAGGUAGCUGCUUCUGAAGCUGGUGGGAUUACGCAAGGAAUUGGGGCAUAUAAGGUGCUGGUGCCCAUUGAUGGCAAGCCACAACCCUGUGUUUUUCUUGAUACUCCUGGACAUGAGGCAUUUGGAGCCAUGAGAGCUCGUGGAGCAAGGGUGACAGACAUUGCUAUCAUUGUAGUGGCUGCUGAUGAUGGUCUUCGUCCUCAAACAAAUGAGGCCAUAGCUCAUGCCAAAGCAGCUGGUGUACCUAUUGUUAUUGCCAUAAAUAAGAUCGAUAAGGAUGGAGCUAGUCCAGAGCGAGUUAUGCAAGAGCUUGCUUCAAUUGGUUUAAUGCCAGAAGAUUGGGGUGGUGAUGUCCCAGUGGUUCAGAUCAGUGCUCUUAAAGGGGAGAACGUGGAUGAGUUAUUGGAAACUGUAAUGCUGGUUGCUGAGUUGCAAGAUUUGAAGGCUAAUCCACGUAGAAAUGCAAGAGGCACAGUAAUUGAGGCAGGUCUUCAUAAAUCUAAAGGGGCAGUGGCUACCUUCAUUGUUCAGAAUGGCACCCUUAAAAGAGGGGACAUAGUCACAUGUGGUGAAGCUUUUGGAAAGGUUCGGGCACUAUUUGAUGACAAAGGAGAUCGCAUUGAUGAAGCUGGGCCAUCUAUAGCUGUGCAGGUCAUUGGGUUGAACAAUGUUCCAAUUGCUGGUGAUGAGUUUGAAGUAGUUGGCUCACUUGAUGUUGCACGGGAAAGGGCAGAGGCACGCGCUGAGUCAUUGCGAAAUGAACGUAUAUCAGCCAAGGCUGGGGAUGGUAGAGUUACUCUUUCUUCCUUAGCUUCUGCAGUUUCUGCAGGAAAACUAUCCGGACUAGACUUGCACCAGCUGAAUAUCAUUAUGAAGGUUGAUGUUCAGGGAUCUAUUGAGGCUGUAAGACAAGCCCUGCAGGUGCUCCCACAAGAUAAUGUUACUUUGAAGUUCCUCUUGCAAGCAACUGGGGAUAUAAGCACCAGUGAUGUUGACCUUGCAGUUGCCACUAAAGCCAUUAUUCUGGGGUUUAAUGUCAAAGCACCUGGUUCUGUUAAGAGCCAUGCGGACAACAAAGGCAUAGAGAUCCGGCUUUACAGAGUUAUCUAUGACCUUAUUGAUGAUGUGCGAAAUGCCAUGGAAGGGCUUCUGGAGCCUGUUCAGGAACAAGUAACAAUUGGUAUGGCAGAAGUCCGUGCCGUAUUUAGCAGUGGCAGUGGUCGUGUUGCUGGCUGUAUGGUAACAGAGGGAAAAGUAGUAAAAGACUGUGGCCUUCGGGUUGUGAGAAAUGGAAAAACAGUAUACACUGGCAUUGUUGAUUCUUUGAGACGGGUCAAGGAGAUGGUGAAAGAGGUUAAUACUGGAUUGGAGUGUGGAAUUGGGACAGAGGACUUUGUUGAUUGGGAGGAAGGAGAUAUUAUUGAGGCUUUCAACACUGUGCAAAAGAAGCGGACACUUGAAGAAGCAUCGGCUACAAUGGCAGCUGCUCUUGAAGGAGUGGGGUAUUGAAGUAUAAUUGCAGCAUUAGCAGAACUGGCACUAUCAGAUGAGUUUUAAUUUGCUCGUGUACUUCCUCAUUUCACAAGCAGCAUUUUAUGUGACACAUCGGUGAGGUUGGCUCUGGUCCCGAGAUUUUUACAUAUAUUGGUGGAUGUGCCGUGGCCUAUGGAUGAAUACCUACUGAUAUCAACCUGUCACUAACUUCUUCGGUGAGGAGGGCAUUAUCUCAUGGAGGUUUGGUCCAUUGUUAUUCUCUGUUACGCUGUAAAUAGUAAAAAUAUAACAGAUUUCAGCUCUUUUUUGUAAAGAGGAAAAGAGGAACCAUUCAUUCAAAUGAUGAAGAUGCAAUGAUGUUAAUUAUGUAUCAGUUACAAUAACAAAUGAGAAAUGUUCAGGAGGAGAAAUUCUUAACCCGCUUUAUUUAUGUAUCAACCAUUUACAGAUUUGGCAA